UUUACACUUGGUUAAAUAAUAUGAAAUUUUAUAAAAGUUUAGCUUUCUUAUUGGCGGCUCUAGUGGCAUAUACUUCUGCCCAGGGAUGUCGCGGGAGUCCACGUAGUCCUGCAUGUACCGGUUCCCGAAGUGGCGGUUGGCCUGGUCGACGUUGUUUUGCCCGUAUUAUGUGGAAUUAUGAUACACGUACAAGACAGUGUCAACCAUUUCAUUAUUGGGGAUGUGGUGGCAGCAAUAAUCGUUGGUGUACACGUGAAAUUUGCGAACAAAGAUGCCGUCGCUAAGUAGAAAAUAAAGAGUUUUUGUGUAAAAUUUAAUUAACACGUUUUUCUUUAAGUUUGUCAUUCGGUUUGCAAUACAUUUAAAAUAUGGGUAGUAAUAUCCUAAAUAUUCUUUAUAAGAGAGAUAUAUUUGCUGUUAACAAGUCAGAGUGUGUGGAAUGUAAAAUAUCCACCACUGAUUUUAUAUGAAAGGCCAUUUAUUUAUUAAAAAGAUGA